AUGAGUGCAGAAGUGGGCUUCCGUCGGCGCGAUGCGAACGCUUCGGACGCGAUUGCAGCUAUCCUGCACCCGGACGAGGGAUUCCGCGAGAAGCAGCAGCGGAGAGGAGUAACGCCCAGAGACUUUGAGCGCGAAAACAAACUACGUGUCAAGAAGCUGCAGGAAGAGAACCGAGAGCGUCGAAGGCGAGAGCAACAGGAUUUUAAGCUGACAAAGUUUAAGAGCGUACGUCCGCGAGUGUUUCAAGAGAACCAGUCCACCAAAGGAGAGCAGGUUAAAAAACACGAUUUCUUGCGUCGUGGAGGAUCUUCGUCUUCACGGACGCCUUCUGCACCUCGAAGUGAGGCUGGAUCGGUACGGCAGAUUCGGCGCAAGGCACCAGUGCCAUCAUUGAGGGAACUGGAGCAGCGAGAUGAGGAAAUAGCAAAAAUGGAACAAGUCGAGUUUGUCAACGCCAACGCUUGGGAAGUUAUAAAAAAGACACCGUCUGUACACAGCGAAGAACAGGAUUCCCGUCCAGUAAACCCCAGCUAUGGCCGCAUUCCGAGGUAUUUGCUAGAACGCAAGGAGCAAUGGGCUCGAGAAGAGGAAGAACGGCGCAAGAAUGCACCAGACCCAGACUGCCCUCCAGGGAUGGUACUACUCGACGAAGACGAACGCGUGCGCACCUUGCACGUGCUGCGAAAGUCGCUGACAGAAGCGCAACUUCGCAUGAACUCGCUGCCUUUACGCAUCGAGACAUUCAAUCAAAUUCGACGGAAGAACGAGCUCGAAACGAAACUACAGGAGAUCGAGGACGCCAUCAAAGUGUUCGAUCGUGCGAAAGUCUACGUCGCUGCUCCAUUGGCCUGUGAUCGAGAGAAGAACCGCGAACGUACCGCGAGUAUUGCUGCAUAA